AUGAAGGUCUCCCAGAUAAUCCUCACUUCCCUUGCCGUCGCUGUCAGCAGCACAGCCGCCAUCAAAAUCAGCACUGGCGAGCAAAUCAACUGGGACGAGAACUACGCCGUCGCCUGGAAAGAAGGCAAAGACCCGUGUCGUAAUGACCACCUCCUUGCCCCCGUCUACCAGAACCCAUGCGAGCGCAACUUUGUUAUUGAUAGCGUGCCUUACCACCUUGCGAACUGCGGCACCGAUGACUUUGGCCUGUAUAGGAGUGAUGACGGUUCGCGAGUUGGUGGUUGUACGAGGGUAGCUGAUCAGAAGAUUGGCUGUGACCAUGUCGCUGCGUAUGUGCAUGAUGUUAUCAAGCACUGGAUCUGUGGGAAUUAG